UCUCCCAAACUAUAUAUACAUAUAAAUUUAUAAAUUGAUUGAAAUCAAAGCAGCGUCGGUUGCAUCAUUCCUAUUUCUCUCUCCUCCGAAACUUCCUCUCUCUCUCUCUCUCUCUCUCAACGUUUGACAACAUUUGAGAAACAUUAGAUUAGAUUAGAUUCAGAUCUGUUCGUCUCAAAACGCAGAAAGAGAGAGAGAUUGAGAAAUCAAUUCUAUGGCGGUCGUGUCACCUCUGGCCAAAUACAAGCUGGUGUUCCUCGGCGAUCAAUCCGUCGGCAAGACCAGCAUCAUCACUCGUUUCAUGUACGACAAAUUCGACACCACCUAUCAGGCUACCAUUGGCAUUGAUUUUCUGUCAAAAACCAUGUAUCUUGAAGAUCGAACUGUCCGGUUGCAGCUUUGGGACACUGCUGGACAAGAGAGAUUUAGGAGUCUCAUUCCAAGCUACAUCAGAGAUUCCUCCGUUGCAGUGAUUGUCUAUGAUGUUGCUAAUCGACAAUCUUUCCUGAACACUUCCAAGUGGAUUGAGGAAGUACGUACAGAACGAGGCAGUGAUGUCAUUAUUGUUCUUGUUGGGAAUAAAACUGAUCUUGUUGAUAAAAGGCAAGUGUCAAUUGAAGAAGGAGAUGGAAAGGCUCGUGAAUUUGGAGUCAUGUUCAUAGAAACCAGUGCAAAAGCAGGAUUCAAUAUCAAGCCUCUGUUCCGAAAGAUUGCUGCUGCCUUGCCAGGGAUGGAAACCCUUUCCUCCACAAAACAGGAAGACAUGGUUGAUGUGAAUUUGAAGCCUACUGUGAACACGUCUAACACAGAGCAGCAAGGGAGUGGUUGUGCAUGCUAAAGAAUGUAUUUAGGAGGAGAGAGAGACAUAGAGAAGCAGUUUAAAUAGCCUAAUAGCAAAAUGGAAUCACAAAGUAUGAGACACUUCUGAAGUAAUUGGAGAUUGCAGCUAUUUUGAUGUUUGCUCUUCAAUAUGACAAGCAUGAUUUUGAAGAUGGCUAAUUUUGAAGUAAUAUGAAUUGAUGCUUGCUCUUCUAUACAACAGCGAUUGUUUCAAGUGUUUGGAGAGAGGAAGCUGCAAUUUCUGCUUUAAGCUACUACAAGUUGUCAGUUUCCAGACGUGUUUUGUUAAUUGUCCUCACUAUUUAUUCUCAGUUUUUUUUUUUCUUAAAUGAAACCUUCAUAUGUUUGUAUUUGAUUUUGAAUCUGUAUUUUCAGGAAUUGAUUUUCAAUAGAUGAUCCCUUCUAGUAUUAUUA